UACAAGAUUAAAAGAUUUUAUUGUUUUACUACACAAUUUGCAAAGGGAUAAAAAAUGAUAGCUUUUCCAUUACUGUAGCAGGGUCCAUCACCAACCUCUGGUGACUACUCCAUCUUUCCUACCUUUCCUUAUCUCUCUGGUUCUGCUAUGCUGUUGCAGAAAGCUCCAUUUUAGCUUAGAUCUCGAUUCCUCAACACUCACAUUUCCAUCUUCUACUUCGGAGAUCUGUGGUUUGUACACUACACCAAUGGCUUUGCUUCUGAGAUCCACUAAUUCAAUGGUUUCUUCAUACUGAAUCUGUAUAUCAGGAGGCUUUGCAGCAAGAAUCGGCAACCCAUUAGUGUGUGUACUUGUGGGAGUUAAUGCUAUACACUCCAUCUCCCCAACCAGAUGAGCUUGGUUCUAAAAGCUGUAUAUGAAUUGAAUCUGCAGGUACUUGAUCAUCUACAGAAGGAAUGGCCGACGAUCUAAACACAGGAUUAUCUCAACAAAUUGGGGUAUUGGGGAUUAAGGUGUGGGAAUUAAUUGGGAUUAUCGUCGGUUUACUUAUCGUAGGCAUUCUUUGCGUGUUGACAUGUUACCUCACUUCUCGGAAGAAAGUUCGAGGGGGCAGGGGCAGGGACAGAGUUUCUCACAGUCAAAUCCCAACUGUUUCCAAAGAAAUUAAAGAAGUUCGAGUUGAGCAAGUUUCAACAGGAGAUUUCGCUCCACGAGAUGGGAUUCUUCUCACAAUUCAUGACAAAAACAGCGAUAAAGAUUCAGACAAAGUUUUGGUUCAUCUUGGAAUGGGAAAAUUGAAAAAUGGAGAUAACGCCAGCAGUCAAGGUUCAUUUCAUCAUACUGAUAGAGAUGUUUGUGGAUCGCAAUCAGGAGAAGAUGGGGGUUCGGGUAAUUUUUUGUAUAAACCUUCAUCUUCUUCCUCUCAUCCAAUCAGUGCACCUUCUCCACUUAUCGGUCUCCCUGAAUUUUCCCACUUGGGUUGGGGCCAUUGGUUUACAUUACGCGAUCUUGAACUUGCAACAAAUAGAUUCUCAAAGGAGAAUGUUCUUGGAGAGGGUGGUUAUGGUAUUGUUUAUCGGGGAACAUUGGUUAACCGGAAUCCAGUGGCAGUCAAGAAACUCCUCAAUAACGUGGGUCAAGCUGAGAAGGAAUUCAGAGUGGAGGUUGAAGCUAUUGGCCAUGUCCGCCAUAAAAAUUUGGUCCGUUUAUUGGGUUAUUGCAUUGAGGGAACUCAUAGGAUGUUGGUCUACGAAUAUGUCAACAACGGGAAUUUAGAACAAUGGCUUCAUGGAGCUAUGCGCCAGCAUGGAUAUCUUACUUGGGAAGCGAGGAUGAAGGUUCUUUUAGGGACAGCUAAGGCCCUUGCCUAUUUGCAUGAAGCAAUUGAGCCAAAAGUUGUACACCGAGACAUAAAGUCAAGUAACAUAUUGAUAGAUGAUGAUUUCAAUGCAAAGGUGUCUGAUUUUGGCCUUGCAAAGCUUCUUGGUGCUGGAAAAAGUCACAUCACGACUCGGGUUAUGGGUACAUUUGGUUAUGUGGCUCCUGAAUAUGCAAAUACUGGGCUAUUGAAUGAAAAGAGUGAUGUUUAUAGCUUUGGAGUUGUACUUUUGGAAGCAAUUACAGGAAGAGACCCUGUUGACUAUGGUCGCCCUGCCCAAGAGGUAAACCUUGUGGAUUGGCUAAAAAUGAUGGUUGGAAGCCGGAGAUCAGAGGAAGUGGUGGACCCCACGAUUGAUACAAAGCCAUCUACAAGAGCCCUAAAAAGAGCACUUUUAACAGCUCUAAGAUGUGUUGAUCCCGACUCUGACAAGAGACCCAAAAUGAGCCAAGUUGUACGUAUGCUCGAAUCCGAGGAAUAUCCCUUACCCAGAGAGGAUCGAAGGCGUAGAUCUCAAGCAGGUAGUACGGAAAUUGAAUCACAGAGAGAAAACUACGAUACUGAUAAGAGUGACAAUCCGGACCCACGAUCAGACAGCAAGAGAAACUUGAGAGUAUAACUUUAUAUCUUUAUCUUUUUUUUAUUCUUUCGAUCUUGAGGAAGUAAUGACCAAUGUGGAAGGGUGAUUU